UAUCAAAAAUAUUUUAGUGGGGUCUCGGUAGGUUUUGACUGUUCUAGAGAGAAAACAAAUGACGGACUUUCAGAGAGAAAAAACAAACGACGAAGUUUGGAACCGACCUGUAACUCGUUUACAACAAACAAAAGAUUCAUACAAAAUUUCAAAUAAGUGAGGGAUAUAUACAAAGACCAGCCGCAAAUGCUUCCUCUGCUUAUGUAACAGUACACGAAUCUUGCUUCAUAGGUGUCAAAUUUUGACAAAGACGUGCAAAAAGAACGUUAAUAAAGCAAAUUUAUUCAGAGUCAUCUCUCCACCAAACUGUUGGCUGUCUUUCUCCAAUUCAAAAUUGGUUGAAAAUGGGCAUCUGGGUUCUGUUUUGACCAGCUGAUAAUAGCUUUUUCAUGGUGGGAAAGCCCAAAAGUGGGAUUAAAUAUAUGACUUGGGCUUGAAGUUUGGCCUGGUUUUGGCCAUGGGGGAGGUACAUGUUUCGAACCCAGGUGUGGGUUUUGAGGGGCCAUGUGUGGGGUUGAAGAAUUUGGGGCGUAAGAGCCUUGAGGAAUCAAAGGUGACUUGGUAUAUUGCCGGCCCUGCAAUUUUAGCUACGGUUUUUCAGUUCUCGAUCAGUAUUGUAACAGUGGUCUUUGUGGGGAGGUUGGGGAGCACAGAGCUGGCUGCUGUUUCAAUUGUUCAGAAUGUGAUUGAAGGUUUUGCGUUUGGGGUCAUGCUAGGGAUGGGAAGUGCACUUGAGACUCUCUGUGGACAAGCAGUGGGAGCAGGGCAAUUCCAUAUGCUAGGAAUAUAUAUGCAGAGAUCAUGGAUCAUAACAUGCGUAACUGCCAUGGUCCUAUCACCGCUUUAUGUUUUCUCUUCCCCAAUUUUGAAGUUAUUUCACCAGUCUGACGAAAUAGCACAAAUGUCAGGAAAGUAUUCGAUAUGGGUUAUCCCCCAACUUUUUGCCUAUGCAAUAAAUUUUCCAUUACAGAAGUUCCUCCAGUCUCAGAGCAAAGUCAUGGUAUUGACAGCAAUAUCUGGAGUGACUCUCAUGGUGCACGUAUUACUGAAUUGGGUUUUUGUGACAAAAUUAAAUUAUGGGUUGACUGGAGCAGCAGUAGUUGGAAAUAUUUCAUGGUGGAUUAUAAACUUGGCUCAAAUUAUCUAUCUUGUAUCAGGGUUUUUCCCUGAAUCCUGGACUGGGCUGUCUUGGUUGGCUUUCCAUUCUCUUUUUGCAUUUGUGAAGCUCUCUCUUGCAUCAGCCAUUAUGCUAUGCUUGGAGCUAUGGUAUUUUACUGCAAUUAUACUUUUAGUUGGCGGCUUACAUAAUGCGGAAAUUGCAAUUGACGCAAUCUCGAUAUGCAUGAAUUUGGAAUUGUGGACAUUGAUGGUGGCUUUGGGGUUCAAUGCAGCUGUCAGUGUGAGGGUCUCUAAUGAACUCGGAGCUGGUCGCCCAAAGGCUGCGAGGUUUUCAGUGAUUGUAAAUGUAACUACAUCAGCUAUGUUUGGGAUCCUUUUCAUGGUUAUAAUUUUGACCACAAAAAAUGACUUCCCCAAGCUUUUCGCAACAGAUCCCAUGGUCAUAAAAGCGACUUCUAAGCUUGGAACUCUUCUUGCUUUCACAAUCUUCCUUAACAGCAUUCAGCCAGUUCUUUCUGGUGUUGCAGUUGGUGCAGGUUGGCAAACCCUCGUUGCAUUUGUUAAUGUUGGGUGCUACUACUUGUUUGGGCUGCCCAUAGGGGCCCUACUAGGCUAUAAGUUUAAGCUGGGUGUGAAGGGAAUUUGGUCAGGAAUGGUGGUUGGAUGUGUCUUGCAAACAUUGAUUCUCAUAUUCAUCACAAUUCGAACAAAUUGGGAGAAAGAGGCUUGUCAAGCAAAAGAUCGCAUCCGAACUUGGGGUGGAACUACGGGGCCCAGAGAAAGCUCUGGAAGUUGACAUUUUUGUUCAAUUGUAUAGAACAGCUAGUUGAACUUCUACGUCCCACAUUUGAAUGUAAAAUAUAAAUCGCUAGUACAAUAACACAAUAAUCUGCAUGCAACGUAUUGGAGGCAUUACUCAAAAGAGAGAUUGAUUUUGCAGAGGGUUUUCCAAUUAACGUUUAACAGGAGCUCCACAAUGCAUCAAUUGAAAACGGUAUGUCCAAUAGGAGAAAUUUUCCUUAUCAUUAUAUACUCAUUGUUUUUUGUGAGAAACCUUUUCAAUGAAUGAAACUUGAAACAUGAUGAUCC